AUGCUUUCUCCAGAGACAAAACAAUCUGGAGGUAAACUAGUCCUCCAUUCGGAUCUCCGGGCGAGGACUGUCUCGGGAGAAGGUAUCAGGCAGGAGAAUUCUUUUACGAAAUUCACCAUAGGAACGUGGAACGUCAGGACACUACAACAGGGAGGAAAACUGGAAAAUCUGAAGAUCGAAAUUGAUAAAAAUAAUGUGUGCAUUGUGGGUGUCAGCGAAGUUCGAUGGAGGGAUCAAGGUGAUUUCGAGUCUGGAAACUAUCAUGUACUACUCGGGAGAACCAGUGGAUAUUCUGAUAAUGCAACAUCGGAUCAUGACGAUGAAGAAGUGGAAAUAAUAUAUGAGAAGACAGAAGGAAGAGGGAAAGUGCAAACCAUAAAAAUGGGAGACUGGAACAGUGUCGUGGGGAAAGGAGCAGAAAACAACAUUGUCAGCCAUCAUGGACUGGGAAUAAGGAAUAGGAGAGGGGACAUGAUGGUUGACUUCUGCCGAAGAAAUGGUUCAAGAAGCAUCACAGGAGACAGGAGCAGAUACCAGAUAGACUAUAUCUUAGUGAAGCAACGAUUUAGGAAUAGCGUAAAGGAUGUGACGACAGUGCCAUCAGCGGACAUCGACUCAGUUAGUUGCAAACGUCAGCCCCAGAAUGAAGAAAAUCAGGAGUAG